AUGGGCUUCUUUGACUUUCUCCCCUGCUGCGGUCCUCGCCCAGGCAAAUCCUCUUCUCCUCUUUCCCUUUCCCGCGAAACGACAACUCUCCUACCUCCCUCGGGCCCCGGGAGGGAAGGGUCAUUUUUGACUACUUCCGACCCUGGUCUUUCCCUCACUUUGACGCUCAGCGGCGGUGCAGCAAGCGGCGGUGGAGGGGGAGUGUACGGAGCGACCACAGGGGGCGAGCGGUUGACUGAGGAGCAGUUGAAAAAGAUCCAAGCUAUUCGCGAAAGUACCCAAGGGUAUAUGCUGCCAGUGCAAUCCAUGCCCCCGCGCUCGCAUCUGAGCAUGUCCCGAACCUCCACCGCCCACACCCACCCUUCAUCGCUAUCAUCAUCUUCCCCUUCUCCUUCCCUAUCAUCCUCCCGACCGUCAUCACGCCCUUCUUCCCCAGCAGCGCUUUCGAGCCGAACGGUGCGGUCACCAGAGGCGUCGCCAUAUCAGCCUACCGGGUCUCUUCCUGGAUCUCCAGAAGGAGGAGAGGGCGAGAAAGGGGACGAUGUGGUUCGGAAACAGCUGUUCAUGGGUAAUACGCCUAUGGGGAGGGGAGGGCGGAAACCUAGUGGGGGUGCGAAAGCGAAAGCGAAGAAGGGGAAGGGGAAAAAGUAGAUUUCAUAGAGAGGGGCGGAACGAAGGUGACAGCAGGAUGGGAAGGAAGAGAAGGAGCGAUCUUGUUGUAUCUCUGCAUCCAAAAAUACUCAUUCUUAGACAACAUAUUCAAUUGUAGCAUCUAGCCAUUCAUCAAAUGCAUUAAUCUUGGUUCUGG